AGAGGGGAGGAAGAGAGAGCCAGGGAGCAGGAGGGUGCGCGAGUGGAGACAGAGGGAUGGGGUGAGGGCAGGAGGAAGCAGAGGCAGAGUGCGGGGGCGCAGGCGCCUGCAAUCCAGGAUCGGAGGGCUCUGAAAGCUUCUGAUUCAGCGGCGCACCCGGCGCUCGCCGCUCGCCCGGGAGGUGGCGCGGGGCUCCGGAGUGGCUGCGCGCCCAGGUGCCUGCCCGGGAGGUGGCGCGGGGCUCCGGGGUGGCUGCGCGCUCUCCAGGGAACCAUGGCGGCGGGGUGCAGGGGUCUCCGGGCGGUGGGCUGCGCCAUGGAGGCGCCGGGUUGCCGGCCCUGAGCGCAGGCGGCGGGAGCGCACCAUGAACUCGUGGGACGCGGGCCUGGCGGGGCUGCUGGUGGGCACGAUGGGAGUCUCGCUGCUGUCCAACGCGCUGGUGCUGCUCUGCCUCCUGCACAGCGCAGACAUCCGCCGCCAGGCGCCGGCGCUCUUCACCCUCAACCUCACGUGCGGCAACCUGCUGUGCACCGUGGUCAACAUGCCUCUCACGCUGGCUGGCGUCGUGGCGCAGCAACAGCCAGCCAGCGACCGUCUGUGCCGCCUGGCCGCCUUCCUCGACACCUUCCUGGCCACCAACUCCAUGCUCAGCAUGGCCGCGCUCAGCAUUGACCGCUGGGUUGCCGUGGUGUUCCCGCUGAGCUACCGCGCCAAGAUGCGCCUCCGCGACGCCGCGCUCAUGGUGGCCUACACGUGGCUGCACGCGCUCACCUUCCCAGCCAUCGCGCUCGCCCUGUCCUGGCUGGGCUUCCACCAGCUGUACGCAUCGUGCACGCUCUGCAGCCGGCGCCCCGAAGAGCGCCUGCGCUUCGCGGUCUUCACCGGCGCUUUCCACGCGUUCAGCUUCCUGCUCUCCUUCGUCGUGCUCUGCUGCACGUACCUCAAGGUGCUCAAGGUGGCCCGAUUCCACUGCAAGCGCAUCGACGUGAUCACCAUGCAGACGCUCGUCCUGCUGGUGGACAUCCACCCCAGUGUGCGGGAACGCUGUCUGGAGGAGCAGAAGAGGAGGCGCCAGCGAGCCACCAAGAAGAUCAGCACCUUCAUAGGGACCUUCCUUGUGUGCUUCGCGCCCUACGUCAUCACCAGGCUGCUGGAGCUGUCCUCCGCGGUGCCCAUCGGCUCCCACUGGGGGGUGCUGUGCAAGUGCUUGACCUACGGCAAGGCCGCGUGUGACCCCUUCGUGUACUCCCUGCUGCGGCACCAGUACCGCAAGAGCUACAAGGAGAUCCUGAACAGGCUCUUCCACAGGCGGUCGCUCCGCUCCUCCGGCCUCGGCGGCGACUCCCACAGCCAGAACAUGCUGCCGGUCUCCGAGUGAAGGACACCGCUCCUGCCGGACCGUCUGGCACGAGGCAGCCGGUGAGAAGGCCGGGAGGGCUGGGGCUCCCGGGCAGAUACCCCCAGCCGC